AUAGUGUAUUCUGUAUUAACGUGUCGUUCGUGAUUAUACUUAUACAUUACAGCAUACACAAUUACACUUACACUCAAUAAACCCAAGUUCAAAAUGAGACAUGCGUAUUAAGUCACAAAUAAUGUACAUUGUGCAUUCAACGAAAACGAGUGUAAAUGUGUUUACUGAGUAUUGUUACACAAAAACCCAUCACUCGGAACAUUCCAAGACCAGUCGCUUAGUGUUUAAUUAUUUCAACACAGUAUGUAACGGCCAUUGAUAGGUAGGAAGUAGUUUAUUUUAUAAAUAACAACGAUGUUGGCUACACCAACAAAUGUCUCGUCGAAAAAAACGCAGUGCAUAGCACUACUCGUACCCGUCUUCUUACCGGCAAUCCACAUAUUGAUCCUGGAAAAAUUCUGGAGCGACUUCAAUGUGAACGUCAACAAGGAACACUGCAUGUGUUCCUGUUGGGACACUGUGUUCAAAGGUCCUUAUGAAGCGGGUGUUGCUAGAUAUAAACAUAUGUACUUCAAUGCUACAGACAAUAUGUUUAAAAUCUGGGCUAUUACGGCGGUCUGCACGAUUGUGUUGUAUGAAUGUGUGAAAAAUAUUGUCAGACUGUGUCUCGAUAGGCAGAUCCGCUAUAAUAUGAUGUUGCUGUUUACUUUGUCAAUGUUUUCUCAUUAUUACUCGUGGUGGUCGUUUGUCAACUAUUGGAACGACGAUUUCUAUUCACAAUGGAAUCAUCAAAUAUUCUUCACUAUUACUGAACUCUAUUCCACAGGCAUUCUGUACACAAUAUGUGAUCGCAGAAAAGAAAUAAAGAAAUUCCAUUUGUUUUCUAUCAUUGCUGUGGGUUUAACGCAUAUGUUGGCUGCUGGCUUUGAUCAGUUUGUUAUUAAUGUAAUUGGAGGAAGUGGAUUUGCACAUCAAGUAAUAAGAGACCUCUUUUUGAUGAUACCGGAUAUAUUAAAUAUUAUUAUACCAUUAUUUGAAAUAAAAAACCGAAGAUUAACCGUCAAAAAUCGUUAUGCAGAUGAUCCAAGUAGUUUUAAAGAGAUAUUGUUACUAGUAAUAAUAGUGACCUCAGGGUUGAUAAUUGUUUCAAUACUUUAAUGGCAUUUAUUUAUUUUAACUAAUAAAACCUAUGUAUAUAUUGAUAUUUUUAUGAAUCGCUUGAAUAUAAUUAAGUUUGGUAACAUUUGAAAUUGGUGCAUUUUUGUUUGAGGUAGUGCAAAAAAAAAAACAUAUAACAUUUAAAAACGACACAUGACACAUAUAAUAAAUAUACCUACAUUAUACAAAUUGAACAAGAAUGAUUCGAGACAGUUUGACAUUGAUGUGCAUUGUGAGUAUA